GUGACUGACUGACAUUCAUUCAUCAUAUAAAAGGGAAGUUGAGCCGCGGAACACCAGAAACUCUUCUGGGAUCGAUCAUGAACACGGCGAAGGCGCUGAAGAACGCGCUGGCGUGUUUGGUGAUUCUGCCGCGUUUUCUCGUCGCCGUGUUCAUGCUGUGGUGUCUUGAUUUUCUGUGCGUGAGGAAAAGAGUUUUGUUGCAUCUGAGGAGUGAGGAGGAGGAGGAGGAGGAAGACCCUCCGCUGUGCAUCUCCGACAACAGCCGCAUGUUCAGCUGGGAGUCGCUCAAAGCGGUUUUCCACGGACACAAGCUGGACUGGAUGAAGUCCGCGCGUCUCGGCCGCGACGCGCCCAACAGUGAAGUGGUUCCGCUCGCGGAUCCGACGCGCAAACGCGUGCUGGACUUCGCCCGCGCUCAGAGGCCGCUGGUGCUCAAUUUCGGAAGCUGCAGCUGACCGCCGUUCAUGACGCGUCUCAAGGCGUUCCAGCGGCUCGUGCUCCAGUACGCGGACGUCGCCGACGCGCUGGUGAUUUACAUCGAGGAGGCGCAUCCCUCCGACGGCUGGGUCAGUUCUGACGCUCCGUAUCAGAUCCGCAAGCACCGGAGUCUGGAGGAGAGGCUGCGCGCGGCGCGGCUGAUGGCACGGGAGGCGCCGGGCGUCGCGAUAGUCGCCGACAGCAUGGAGAACUCGUGCAACAGCGCGUACGGAGCGUAUUUCGACAGACUCUACGUCGUCCAGGACGGGAAGGUGGUGUAUCAGGGCGGCAGAGGACCGGAGGGAUACCGGAUCUCCGAGCUCCGGCACUGGCUGGAUCAGUACCGCAAGCGGCUGCGCGACGCCGUGAUUCGCGUGUAAAGUGACGCGACUUUAGCUAUGUUUCCAUCCACCUGUUUUUGUAGUCUCGCACCGGAUGGACACGCCAAGAUGCGCAUAGAUUUCUAUGCGCACAAUUGAGUAGGAUAAACUUUACGCACAUAAAUGGAAACACAUUCACCGAAUAAAUUCCUCCAUGCACAUUGAAAAAGUCAUGUGAGUCUGUGCUAUGAGACGGGAUAAUUGGGGACCGAUCUCGUUCACAGCAUCUGAAAUGUUGUUUGGGUCGUUCUGAAAUGUCUGAGCAAAGUCUGUCGUCAAUAUAUUUCUGUAUAAUCGUCUUAAACGACUGCGUUCCCAAAUAACAGACAUCCGCCUCAGAAAGCAGUGACAGCAUUUAUUGUGCUUCGUCUGCUCGCUCUGAGCCGCAAGUCAUUCAUCAUAUAUGAACAUUAUUAUAUUCAGUGGCUUCUCCUACUUUUCUUAGAGAUAUUUAGUGCCAGUUUAUCAGGACGUGAUGAUUUUGUUCUCUUUGACUCGUUGGAUGGAAACGGUGCUUUAAUUCGCAAAUGUUUUAUGCGAUAUUCCAGUUUUGCGCGUACAGUAAGUUAAACUCGAAUCUUUGGAUGGAAACAUAGCUUGUAGAUCAGGGUGCGAAUUACAGACCUCCGCUUGGUUUCCUCCGAUGACUGAAGCCUGCGCAUAAUGUGAAGAUUUAGAUGUGAAAUGCAUUUCUGUUGCUCUGACUGAAUCUAAAUUGUGAUUUUGAUUGAAAUGGGUCACACUGAGUAAACUCGCUCAUUCAGAGACGUGCUUUUAGACGGAGUCGCAUCUAAGUGUCUAAACGCAUGUGCAGAGAUGAGAUAAAGUUCACUCUCUUUAACUCAAUGCUAUUGAACUGAAUAUACGAAUCAAACUAUCUGCUAAAAUAACCUCGAGAUUAACAACAAACACUGAAAUAAUAAGAGAGCGCGCUUUAUCUGUCACAUUACUCAAACAAACCCCUUUUCCUUCAGAAGCUGUUUUUUUUCUUUUCUAUAUUUUGAAAUGUCAUUUUUUUAUAUUAAAUAAUGUAUAGCAAUAUUAUUAGCCAACAUGAUGUAAAAUGAAUACAAUUGUAAAUUAACAUUACAAAUAUAAAUGUAAAACAUUUCAAAUUAGGCUUCCUAUCCCAGAUAGCACAUGUAGGUCUGCUAGAUGUCUGUUAAAGAUCACUUGAUCUGGAGAGCAUCUGCUGUGUAUGAUGCCUGUAAGAUUUCAGUUUUACAUGCAUUCUAAAUCAUAAACAUCUUAAAGACAUCUAAUAGACGUCUAUUUGACAUCUGACAGGUAACGACCUGUAGACGUAUUGCAGAUGAGCAAACACUCUGAAAAUACGUCUUGCAGAUGUCAAAUAGACAUCUCUGUAAUGUAUGUGUGCUAUCAGCCUCGCGGUGUAACUCGCACCCUGUCUGUCAGAGCUGCUGCUGUUUCCUUCCAAGACUCAGUUCGUCUUCGUUCUCGUGUUGAGAGCAUCUCCGUGUGUCCCUUCUGUAGAAAGGAUCUUGUUGUGCAUAGAUGCUCACUCUCUUUCCCUCCUGUAUUUUUUGUGAAGGUCGAUUUUUAAAAGGUUCACGACCAGAAGAUCGACACUGAUGUCUAAAAUACAGGACGAAUACAUGUAAAUUAUUCCUUUUUAUCAAAGACAUUUUGUAAUAAAACAUUUCAUCCGGAGGCGUGUUCGUGUAUCUGAAUUACACAGUUCAGUUCUGCAUGAUCAUAUUCACACUUCACGUUCAUAUCAUAAUACAGAUAUUGUGCUCCUGUGAUUUGGAGUCACACAUACAGUAUUUGACACAUUUUCCCACAAUAUUCUGUCAGGUUUCUGUUCUUGAAUCCUUUGCUUCACCUUUAAGGUUCACUCUUAUAAUU